AGCCGUGGCGGACGGGGCGGCAGUGGAGACAGUGUACCGGCAAGUACGAUGACGAAACCUAACGUUAUUGAUGAGAUUGAUGUAGUUAACAUAGAGACAUAUCCGAGAGGGGUCCCACGGGAGAGUCCUCUUCAUGUUAAAAGAAGGCGCACCUGGAACCCGCUUUCUGAUGUCGCAGGUCCGUCGCGCCCACCCUCAAACUGGGUAUUUCAAAGCAUAGAUGAGAUGGAAGUUCCAUCUCAACACGUCACUGAGAUGAAAGUACAGGUUGAGGCACACAGGCAAAACGCGGCACCUUUGUUUAUACUAGAGGAGGUAGAUGCUGCUGCUGCUGCCACUACAGUUCACUCGCUUUCGCCUGCUGUGAACAUAGACUGUGAUAGCGGGUCUCCUCCACAGCGGCCUCUUUUUCGUCCGCGAAGUAACGACGCUCUGACUCAAAAACAAAAAAAAUACUACUCGCAAUAUGGCAGCGAAAGUGAGUCAGAGCAAAGUGAAGACGAGGAGCCUCUCAUCGCCGCCCCCCGUCUGACGAGGGUGCAUUGGGCGGCCAUGGAGACACCACUGGAUGAGCCCGAAUCCGUCCCUGUGGAUGAGUCUGAGCCCAUUCCUGUGGAGCUCCUUUCAUCGCCUGCUGCUCCCAGUACUCUACCUCCUACUGCAACACCCUCUUUAAAUCAAGGGGCGACUAUGGCUCAUGAUUUCUUUGCUUUUAAAUGGAAGAAAUUCUGUGACCUUCCUGAGCUUUUGGAACGCGAUAGGAGGGAACCAUUUUCACAUGUCGGAGUCGGCCCAACUACGCCAUGUGAAGAUGGAUAUCAGAUUUUUACCUCCAUUUGGGAUAAAAAAAUCAUGAACCAUAUCGCCAUGGAGACGAACAGGUAUGCACAAGAGGUAGCCUGGGGAAAAAUGGUGAAUCACAAGCUCGGUCCACAUAGCCGCAUCUGUAGUUGGCAGGAUACAACACCGGACGAGUUGUACACAUAUAUGGCUAUCAUAUUAGCGAUGGGUAAUGUCAUAAAGACAAAACUUGAAGAAUAUUGGUCGACUAAUGCAGACAUAUUUUCGACUCCAGGCUUCUCUGCAUGCAUGCCAUACAAUAGGUUCGUGUUGCUGAAUGCUUGCAUUCACUUCGCGAACAACGGUGCCAUGGAUGCAGAGAAGCUUACUCCGUCGGAGGCGAAACUUUACAAAAUAGAGCUCAUUGUCACCCAUUUAAAUGACAAAUUCCAGUCGCUAUAUAAUUUGGGCCAAAAUAUUGCACUGGACGAGUCAUUGCUGCAAUGGAAGGCAAGGUUAAGUAUUAACCAAUUCACCAGCAACAAAGCCGCCACAAUUGGCAUAAAGACUUAUGAGAUCUGUGAAUCUAAAACUGGCUAUUUAUGGCGGUUUGUGAUUCACGCUCAUAAGGCAACUUCAGCUGUACCCCUGGAACAGCAGACCCCACUCGACGCACCUACGCCGGCAAUUGUUUUGGGGCUCCUCAAUGGCCUUCAAAACAAGGGUCACACAGUAUGGAUGGAUAAUUAUUACAAUUCGCCAGCUCUAGCCCGCUACCUUAAAUCAAUAGGAUUUGACGUGGUAGGCACACUCCGCACCAAUCGCGAGUUCGUGGCUAGUGACCUCGUGAAACUGACGAAAUCGAACAUGAAGCCAGGAGAGAUCAGUAGUUGCACGUCUGGUGAUGUGGAUCUAAUGGUGUGGCGUGAUAAUAAUAGGGUUGGUACGAUCUCCACGUAUCACGGGAACGCCACUGUCAUAUCUGAUGGCAAGCUCAAGCCUGUUUUGAUUGUGGAUUAUAAUAUUAUGAUGGGGGGUGUUGACAAAAAAGACCAAAUGUUAGCGAUGUACCCCGUCGAGCGGAAACGUACCAAAGUGUGGUACAAGAAGUUUUUCCGUCGAUUGCUAAAUGUAUCAGUGUUAAACUCAUACAUAAUCGCAAAAAACUCGUCACCUAGGCAAGACCAUCGCACUUUUAGGCACGAUCUUAUCCUUGCGUUACUCAGCCGACACAAUAGCAAUCGCAAGAUUGUUUUCCCUCCAAACAGGGGCCUAGACAUUGCACCACCGACAACUUUUGAAGCAAGUGUUCACAACCUUGCUAAACAACCUAUUGGCAAUAGCGCGUCUCGAUUACGCCGCAAAUGCUGUGAGUGUAAAAAACGGACGCAUUUUUACUGUGUCGGCUGUAAUAAACCCGUAUGUAUCGGAGCUUGUUUUAUUUCGUUACAUACCGUUUAGAUUACUCAACUACUACUGAAGCGACUAAUUUAAGCCCUUCCUAAUCACUUCAAUUUACUCUUGAAUCGAUUUUUACCACUCAGGCGAGUUGUAGCUUUCUUUUGUAUCACACUUUCAAUUUUCGCUUACUCCAUUACUACUGAACUGAUUGAUUGGAAAUAACUCCUGGCAAAUUACUUCAAUUAACUCUUGAAUCGAUUUUAUUAUUCUGGCAAAUUGUACCUUAAUUAUUUCUGAACCGAUUUUAAUUGACAUCCAUAAUGUGUCGUGCGUAGUAGAUUAAAAGUAUGGCUUUCUAGAUUGUAGCUCAAAAUCUCUGAACCGAUUUUGUUUGUUUGCAUUAUUUACCGGCUCAAUAAAACCUCAAAAUAUCUGAACCAAUUUUGCGUCUCCACGUGCUCUGUUGUCUUUUUGAACAUAAUGUAUCGACCGUUUAUGAUAGCAAUAUUUUGUGACCUACAAACUACGAACUCAAAAUCUUUGAACCAAUUUUGUUUGCUUUAUUCACCAUUUCCUCAAAAUUUCAAAAUUUCUGAACCGAUUUAACGUCCUAAUAGGCUGUCUUACUCCCUCUGGUUUCUUUUCCGUGAAUUUUUUAAAUUGUAAGUUGUAUAUGUUUUUAAAUUGUGUUUUUGUAAAUUGUGUUUUGUUAUUUUUGUUAAUGAAGUUAUUGUUCCUAUCUUAAUCUUAAGGCUUGUCUUUUAACAUUUUAAGUAAAUUUUGAAAUUAAUAUCUUGACUUUGAAAUAAACAAUCAUAUUAUAACACUCACAUUUUAUGUUCGAAUAUGAUAAAUUUUAAAAUAAAAUAGUGAC